AGUAAGCAAGAGACAGAGAGAGCUUGUAAUUUGUAAAGGUAGAUGAAGAUGGUAGCGUGGCCAGAUUGGUUACUCUGUGGUUGUGUAAGAUUGUAUUGUAUGAAAUGAAAGAUGGUAGUGCAGUCGAGCUUAGCUUCGCUUUGGCCUUUGGGCGGGUACGCAAAGAUCCAAAAGCAUUCCUUCAACUUCUCAGAGCUUCCUUUGCUUAGGCCCCCCCACCGUCAUCUCCGCUCCCUCAUUCGCUUUCCAAUGCCCUAAUGACUCCCAAAUACUCAAGAUACACACUCUAAUUCACUGCAAGUGCCCAUGGAAUUCGAAGCCUUCAACGUCGUUGAAAGCGAAGUUCUGGAAUUCGAAGUCGGUUCUGGUGACGAUGAGGAUACUCGUCUCGACUCGCAGCAUCCGGAGGAGGAUUACCAGGACGAUUACAAUGACGUUCGUGAUGAUACGGUCCGUCGCUCUUCUAUGACCGGUGACGAUUCCGUCUCUUCCUCUGGUCGAGACCCGAAUCUCGAACCCUACGAGGGAAUGGAAUUCGAAUCCGAACAAGGCGCCCGAAUUUUCUACAACUCUUACGCUCGUCGCGUCGGUUUCAGCACUCGAGUCAGCGUGUACCAGCGGUCUCGUCGCGAUGGCUCUAUCAUUUGCCGGCAAAUCGUCUGCUCGCGAGAGGGGUUUCGUCGCGGGGGCGGUGAGAGCAAAUCCAGGCGGCAGAGGACCGUCACCCGAGUCGGUUGUAAGGCACAGAUGACUGUCAAGAAACAAGUUUCCGGGAAAUGGACUGUUACCAAACUCGUUAAGGAACACAAUCAUGAGCUUGUGCCGCCUGACAAAGUCCACUGCCUCCGUUCGCAUAGGCACGUAUCUGGGCCUGCUCGUAGCUUGAUCGACACGCUUCAAGCCGCUGGGAUGGGUCCGAGUGGGGUGAUGUCUGUCUUAAUUAAGGAAUCCGGUGGUGUUAACAAUGUCGGUUUUACUAAAGUCGAUUGCCAAAAUUACAUGAGCGGCAGCAGACAGAGGACACUUGGUGCUGGGGGUCACCAGAUCUUUGAGUAUUUGGAAAGAAUGCGGUCUGAAAGUCCUGGGUUCUUUUGUGACAUUCAAGGUGACCUUGAGAACAGUUCAAGAAACAUUUUUUGGGCCAACGAAAACUCUAGAAUGAAUUAUAACUACUUCGGUGACACAGUCACAUUUGAUACAACAUAUAGAACUAAUCGGUAUAGGGUUCCUUUUGCCCCAUUUACAGGAUUAAAUCACCAUGGACAAUCUAUAUUGUUUGGAUGUGCUCUGCUGCUGAAUGAGUCGGAGUCCUCGUUUGUUUGGCUUUUCCAAACUUGGCUUGCGGCAAUGUCUGGUCGUCAUCCUAUCUCUAUCACAACGGACCAGGAUAGGGUUAUAUGUUCUGCCGUUGCCCAGGUAUUUCCAAGGACCCGCCACCGGCUUUGCAAAUGGAACGUAUUUAGAGAAGCCCGAGAGAAAUUGUCCCAUGUAUAUCAGUCAUACCCUGCUUUUGAAGCUGAAUUCCAGAGGUGCGUUAAUGUAACCGAGACAACUGAGGAGUUCGAAGCAUGUUGGGAGUCCACUCUCAACAGAUACCGCCUUGGAGAUAAUGAUUGGCUUAAUUCAAUGUACGAUCUUAGACAACAGUGGGUUCCGGUUUACCAUCGUGAUACUUUUUUCGGGGAGAUGUCAAUAACCCAAUCAAGUGAUAGUAUGAACUCAUUCUUUGAUGGAUACAUAAAUGCGUCGACAAAUAUGCAAGUGUUCAUUAAACAGUAUGAGAAGGCCAUUGCUAGUCGGUAUGAGAAGGAAGUAAACGCAGAUCAUGAGACAAUAAACAGUGAACCAGUCCUAAAGACGCCUUCUCCUAUGGAAAAACAAGCAGCCAACCUUUAUACGAGGAAGAUAUUCAUGAAAUUUCAAGAAGAAUUUGUUGAGACUCUUGCUUACCCCACAACUAUUGUUGAUGAUACAGGGUCUGAGAUUAUGUAUCGGGUGGCAAAUUUUGGGGAAGAACACAAGGCACACUUUGUUAGAUUCAACAUUUUUGAAAAGCAAGCUAGAUGUGGCUGUCAAAUGUUUGAGUUUUCAGGUAUUCUUUGCAGGCACAUAUUAGCAGUUUUUAGAGUAACAAACAUUCUUACACUUCCCUCACUUUAUAUCUUAAAUCGAUGGACAAGAAGUGCCAAAAGUGGGGUAUUAUUGGAUGAUCGGACACUUGUGCUGCCUUAUAAUUCUCUUGAGUCUCCUAUUGCUUUCCACAACAGUUUAUCCCGUGAAACAAUCAAAUUUGUAGAAGAAGGGGCAGAGUCAGUAUAUGUGUACAAUGUGGCAAUGGAAGCUCUACGGGAAGCUUCCAAGAAGGUUGCUGCUGCAAAGCAGAAUGGUCAAGGUGUCACGCAGAGCAAUUUGGCCAAUGGAAGUGAUCAAGAAGUGAACAAAAGUGAAAUUCAAAUCAACCAGCUUUGCUCUUGCUCGGUGGAUCAGGACAAGAAAAUUGAGGAAUUGACCGCUGAGUUAGGAAAUGCAAGUCAGCUGUGCGAAGCAUAUAGGGCUAAUCUGUUGGCAGUGCUGAAGAACAUGGAGGAACAGAAGUUGAAGAUGACUGUUAAAGUUCAGAAUGUUAGACUCAAUUUGAGAAGUUAAAAUGAAGGGAUGACGGCCAUUUCAUUCCCAUCCUUCCUUGGUGUACAUUAUUACCAUGGCCAUGAGCUUGCCCUCUGCGGAAUGUUGUUGCAUAUAUUAGUUGUUACGUUAGUUUAGUGGCAUGUAUGUAUUUCUAGGUCGUGAUUUGAUGUGAAAAAACAUAAGGAAAAACUGUGUAUAAGACCAUAUUUUCCUUCCAACCCUCCUCCUAGCACGGCAAGCAAGCGGAGAGCUUCAUGCCUUAGAGAUACCUUUUUAAGGGUUGUGAUUUAGGGUAAUCGCGUAAUGUUAUAGACUAAUUGACAUGAUGUAACCAUAGAGAACAACACCCUAAAUUGCCUCCUCCAGCCAUUUUAGCUGCA